AUGAGUCCGAAUGAAGAUACACCCCCUAGGAGGGUAAGAGAAAAUGCUUAUGUACCCCCUCCAGCAGUUGCCUCAGCAACUCGACAUAGACACCACCACAACCACAUAAUAGGUGAAAUGCGUGCGAUGGUCCAGCUAUCAAGAGAAAUGGCCGUCGUGGCAGCUAAUAUAAGGGACAUUGCUAGCCAAAACAUGGAUAUUAGGGAACUUAUGGCUCAAAUACAGGGCCAGGGAGACUUCCCUAAUCCUCCAUACGCCCCUCAAGGGCACUACCAGCAAGAAGAUGAAGUUCAAAACUGUAGGGCUACCUCGUCGGACUAUAGCCAAGGUAGGAGCCCAUUUGAAAGGGAACAACUACAAAGAAAUAGGAGGUCUGGCAGUGUAUUUGACAGAAUUAGCCCUGCUGAACCGAGACUCAGACAACAACAACAUCAUGAGCCUUGGACAAGGCUACCGCUUCCACCUCCAUCUCGAAUGCCUCAACAGCUGGAAGAAAGGCAUGAAAAUGCCCCCCGUGCUACUCUGCCUAGAAAUAGGCGCCAAAGGAGGGAGGAAGAGGCUAGGAACCGUUCCAGAACCUCUCACCAACAACUAAGGUAUGAGGCCGAUGAAAACGAUUCAGAUGAGCAGCAGAGGUCCUGUGACUUGGACGAUGACGAUGAAAACAUGCCAUUCUCAAGAGAACUAAGGAGCGCUUAG